UCGCGCUCUCUUCCAACGUACUUUAAUUGCUCCAUAUAAAUAGAUUUUCGCGAAAACUGCUCUCAGUUCAAGCUGGGCGUUGUAACUGAAGCUACUGCAGCUACCAUGCGAUCUUUGGUUGUCAUCUGUAUUGUUGUUGGCUGCGUGCUGUUUUCAGCGGCAAGCGCGCAGCAGAAUUAUGACGGCAGGAAUGGGCCACAUCAGUUUGGCACUCCGGGAAAUGGCAUUUACAUACGCGGUCAGAACGAAGGACCCUACAAUGUUCCUGGCGUUGGUGGCACAUUCCAGAACUCGCCAUCGAGUGGAAGACAUGAGUACACUGAUGAACAUGGAAAUACCUAUUAUCACUCUCCCUCCCCGUCCCCUUCCGGAGCAUCAACUACAAAAGAUCUGGCUUGGGCCAUCACCUCGUUCUUGUCAGUAAUCUGGGUAAUAUUAAUUAACUAAGGAUUUUGAAUUAAAUAUUCUCAACUGAUCCCCGAAAGGGGAAGGUUGCGGUUUUCAAACAGAAA